GCGACAUUCGCCCUCGGCGUUGGUCUUGGUUGUCGUUUCUACGUCUGAACCCACUGUCACUAAAGGGCUGGUGUGAUGGCGGUGGAGGCGUUAACUCCGGACUGGGAAUUCGACCGCUUUGACGACGGGUCUACGAAAAUCCACACUGAAGUGCAGCUGAAGAACUAUGUGAAGUUCUUGGAGGACUACACAUCACAACUUAAGGGCAUUGAAGAUGCGCUAGAUGAUUCCAUAGGAGAUGUUUGGGACUUCACCCUGGACCCCAUAGCCCUGAAGCUUCUCCCCUAUGAGCAGUCGUCUUUACUAGAGUUGAUCAAAACAGAAAACAAGGUUCUCAACAAAGUCAUAACUGUGUAUGCUGCCCUCUGCAGUGAGGUUAAAAAGCUGAAGUAUGAGGCAGAAACAAAGCUGUACAGUGGUUUGCUGUACUAUGGAGAAGGAGUUCCGGACGCCAGCAUGCUGGAGGGAGAGUCUCAGAUCCAGAUGGGCCGUUUCAUUUCCUUCUUACAGGAGCUGUCCUGCUUCGUGUCUCGCUGCUACGAGGUUGUGGUCAGCGUGGUCCAUCAGCUGGCCUCUCUCUACAACAGCAGCAAGAAUGCAACAAAAAUUAUCGAAUCAUCUGGAGUUCACUUUCAGACCGUGUACGAGCACCUGGGGGAGCUGCUGGUGGUGCUGCUGACACUGGAUGAGAUCCUGGAGAACCACGGCACUCUGAAGGAGCACUGGAAAAUGUACAAGAGGUUACUGAAGUCGGUCCACCACAACCCCUCUAAGUUUGAGAUCCAGGAGGAGAAGCUGAAGCCUUUUGAGAAGCUGCUACUGAAGCUGGAGGGACAGCUGCUGGACGGGAUGAUCUUCCAGGCUUGUGUGGAGCAAAGGUUCGAUGACCCCGGGGUGGGUGUGGCCGUCUCCAAGAACAGCGCCUUUGCAGAGGAGUUUGCCCACAACAUACGGACCAUCUUCACCAACGUGGAGUCCAAACUAGGGGAACCGUCUGAGAUCGACCAGAGGGACAAGUACGCCGGUGUCUGUGGCCUCUUCGUGCUACACUUCCAUAUCUUCCGGACGGUCGACAAAAAGCUGUACAAAGGCCUGCUGGAUGCCUGCAAGAAGGUCCCUGCUGUGACGCUGACGGCCAACAUCAUGUGGUUCGCAGACACCUUCCUGGUGCAGAAGGUCCCCGCUGCAGCCAAACUGAUUGACAAGAAGAGCCUGCAGAUGGUGCGGUCCCAGAGAGAGGCCUUCCUACAGCAGAGGGUGCAGACACUCCCCAAGGAUGUCCAGUCUUACUACGUGUUUGUCACCUCCUGGAUGAUGAAGAUGGAGUCCAUUUUGUCCAAAGAGCAUAAUGAGAAGUUCACAGAGGACCUAAGCAGUCGAUGUAGCGUCUUUGUUCAGGGUAUCCUCUACGCCUACAGCAUCAGCACUAUGAUCAAGACCACCAUGAACCUGUACAUGUCCAUGCAGAAACCCAUGACCAAGGCUUCUGUGAAGUCUCUCUGCCGGCUGGUGGAGCUGCUGAAGGCAAUCGAGCACACCUUCCACCGGCGUUCUAUGGUGGUGGCGGACUCCGUGACGCAUAUCGCGCAGCAGCUGCAGUCGCAGGCUCUGGCCGCCAUUGCAACAGCCAAGAAGCGAGUGAUCUCCGAUAAGAAGUACAGCGAGCAGCGUCUGGACGUGCUGUCGGCCCUGGUGCUGGCCGAGAACACGCUGAACGGACCCAGCACCAAGGAGCGCCGCUUGGUGGUGUCACUGGCCCUCAGUGUGGGCACGCAGAUGAAAACAUUCAAGGAUGAGGAGUUGCUGCCCUUACAGCUGGUGCUGAAGAAGCUGGACCUCAUCAGUGAGAUAAGAGAGAGAGUAAAGGUCCAGUGCGACUGCAGCUUCCUCUACUGGCACCGCGCCGUCUUUCCGAUUUACCUGGACGACGUGUACGACCACGCGGUGGACGCCGCCCGGAUACACUACAUGUUCAGCGCGCUGAGGGACUGCGUGCCCUCCAUGCUGCACGCCAGGCACCUGGACACCUGUGACCAAUUGCUGGAGAACUACGACAAAGAGAUUAUGGAGGUCUUCAAUCAGCACCUGCUGGACAAGCUUUGUAAGGAGAUUGAGAAGGACUUGAGGCUCUCUGUCCACACCCAUCUCAAGCUGGACGACCGGAACCCCUUCAAAGUGGGCAUGAAGGACCUGGCCCACUUCUUCUCCCUUAAACCUAUCCGCUUCUUCAACCGCUUCCUUGACAUCAAAGGAAUUCCUGCUCUCUGGAUGUCAUGCAGGACCUCUCACUCUCUGUAUCCUCUUCAGGGUCUGGAUGUGCUGGAGAUCAUGAGGAACAUCCACGUUUUUGUGUCACGCUACCUGUACAACCUCAACAAUCAGAUCUUUAUCGAGAGGACCAGCAACAACAAGCACCUGAACACCAUCAACAUCCGCCAUAUCGCCAACUCCAUCCGCACCCACGGCACCGGAAUCAUGAACACCACUGUGAAUUUCACAUACCAGUUCCUGCGGAAGAAAUUCUACAUAUUCAGCCAGUUCAUGUACGAUGAGCACAUCAAAUCCAGGCUGAUCAAGGACAUGCGCUUCUUCAGGGAAACCAAGGAUCAGUCUGAUCAGAAGUAUCCCUUCGAGAGGGCUGAGAAGUUCAACAGGGGCAUCAGAAAGCUGGGGAUCACACCUGACGGCAUGAGCUACCUGGACCAGUUCAGACAGCUGAUCAGUCAGAUAGGCAACGCUAUGGGCUACGUGCGGAUGAUCCGCUCCGGGGGCCUGCACUGCUGCAGCAACGCCAUCAGGUUUGUUCCCGACCUGGAGGACAUUGUCAACUUCGAGGAGCUGGUGAAAGAGGAAGGCUUGUCCGAGGAGACCCAAAAGGCUGCAAGUGUCCUAGACUCUGUGCUCAGCGAUCUGACCAGUAACUCUGCAGAGGGCACGGAGUACUUCAAAAUGCUGGUUGACGUCUUCGCCCCCGAAUUCCGCAGCGUGAAGAACAUGCACCUGCGCAACUUCUACAUCAUCGUGCCACCCCUGACGGUGAACUUCGUGGCGCAUUCCAUCGGCUGCAAGGAGAAGCUGAACAAGAAGAAUAAAGGAGGAGCUGCAUUCACCGACGACGGCUUUGCUAUGGGGGUGGCCUACAUCCUGAAGCUUCUGGAUCAGUACCAGGAGUUUGACUCACUGCACUGGUUCCAGGCGGUGAGGGAGAAGUACAUGAAGGAGAAGAAUGCCGUGGUCAAGGAGCAGAACGUGCAGGCCACCAGCCAGGACGAGAAGCUGAUGCAGACCAUGAACCUGACACAGAAGAGGCUGGAUGUCUAUCUACAGGAGUUUGAGUUGCUCUACUUUUCCUUGAGCAGUGCCCGAAUCUUCUUCAGGGCUGACAAGACGGCGGCUGAGGAGAUCCAAGAGAAGAAGGACAAAGAGGAGGCCUCCAAAUCAGGGCCUAAUGCAACCUCUGGUGGCCCCGACCCUUCCUCCAGCCCUUCCGCGAAAUAAGACGUGGCCUGGAACGCAGUGGAGUGAAUGGUCCCCCCCAGCAGGGGGCAUGUCGCGCCGGUUAAGACCACACUACAUGCAACCCUUCCCGGGACUCUGACUGGUCCUGGAAAGUGCGCUCUCUCUUCCCGCACUGGGAGGUGUGAGGCAGGACUCUGGACACCGUGUUUAGGUUGAUGCAUGCUGGGUAAGAACCUGUGCUGCCUGGAACACACCUUUCAGUACCGUGCACUUAUCCUGGAGGGGGAUUAAAAACUGGCUCCGCCCAUUCCGCAGAUAGCCGGCCUGUACCUUCUCCGCUUCCUCAGACGAUGCCCCACUCAGACUUUAUACUGCUUUUAAUAAAACUCCUGUUGUACGUGUAGUUCUGCUCCGGUCAGUUAUUGAAUCGGGCCUUUACUUGAUGAGUGAAUGUUCCUGGGAGGCUGGGGUUUUAACAUUUUUACUGCUGUGAUUCAGGCAUGUUUAAAGACCAAUGGAGACUCCCUUUUUCGACUCUGGUGUUUGGUAAGGAUUCUUUACUGAAAAGUCGGCACAGUGAUAGGCAGUGCGGGUGCUCUGGAGUCUUGGUGAGAAGGACAGGUGCGGUUACAUACAAACAUUAGGAACCAUUAUUUCACCAUCUUGUUCUUUUCCUUUGCCAGUGAUGAGGCUCAUUCCCAAACUUAACCGUGCAUUUCAGAGCGAAAACACUAUGCAAGAUGUCCCAUAAUCAGAGGGAAUUAUAUGGCCAGUUUCCCAGUCAAGGAUUAAGCCUAAGCCUAGACUAGCCAUUGAUACUGCAAUUUAGUCCAAGACUAGGCUUAAUCCUUGUUUGGGAAACUGGCCCAUAAGGUUUUAGAUUGGAUCACAGACGUAUGAAGUUUAGUAUAGUCAUAUUUUAUGCUGUGUCCCUAAAUGAUAUCACACAUUAUAAAUACGUCUCUUGUUAGUGAAGGUGAGGGUUUUAUAGAACCCAGACAUCUUUAAAGAUGCAAGUGAAUCUGAAAGAACCUCACACGUAAAUCUUUUCUGUCGCUACCCAUUUACUUUUUAACUCGUUUGACUGCCUGCAUCUAUAACUGCAUCAGGCAUUUAAUUUGAUCUUUCAGCAGCUAUAGCGAGGUGUUCUUUUUCGAUUUCCACGUAAGAAUGAACAGACUGGUUUGAUUUGCUGCUCCACACCAUCCCUACACCCAGUG